AUGAAGAGUGACAAGUCCAUGCAGGAGCCUCUCAAGUUCAGCAGUGAAGCACCACAGUCAAGUCCAGAAGUAUUAUCUGCUCCCGAGGAGGGGGGUGCUGCCUCUAACACCAGUCUAUCUAAGGAACAGAUCACCAGUCAUGGAGCUAUCAGAUAUCAGCAGAUCCACAAAUCCCACCUGCAGAAGAAGUUUAAGUGUCUGAUUGAGGGAAUCCCACAGCAGGGAGACACCAGACUCCUCCAUGAGAUCUACACAGACCUCUACAUCACACAGGGGGGAAGAGGAGAGGUCAAUGAUGAACAUGAGGUCAGACAGAUAGAGAGAGCAUCCUGGAGAGAAGCAGCACAAGAGAAACCAAUAAAAUGCAGUGACAUAUUUAAACCUGUAUCUGACGAAGACAAACCCUUCAGAACAGUGCUGACAAAGGGAGUGGCCGGCAUUGGAAAAACUGUCUCAGUGCAGAAGUUCAUUCUAGACUGGGCUGAAGGAACAGCCAAUCUAGAUGUCCACUUCAUAUUUCCUCUUCCUUUCCGAGAGCUGAACCUGAUGAAAGAGAGGAAACUCAGUCUGGUGGGUCUUUUUCAGCAUUUUUUCCCAGAAAUCAAAGAUCCCAGAGUCUUCUCCAGUUCAGAGCACAGAGACAUGUUCAUCUUUGAUGGUCUGGAUGAGUUUCGACUUCCUCUAGAUUUCCGCUCCAACCCGACCUGUUGUGAUGUGACAGCACCAGCCUCAGUGGACGUGCUGUUGACAAACCUCAUCAAGGGGGAUCUGCUUCCUUCUGCUCUCAUCUGGAUCACCACCCGACCAGCAGCAGCCAAUCAGAUCCCUCCUAAGUGUGUUAACCAAGUGACAGAAAUAAGAGGAUUCAAUGACCCACAGAAAGAUGAGUACUUCAAGAAGAGAAUCAGUGAUUGGAACCUGGCCAGCAAAACAAUCACACACCUGAAGUCAUCCAGGGGCCUCUACAUCAUGUGCCACAUUCCAGUCUUCUGCUGGAUUUCAGCCACUGUCGUAGAAAAAACAUCAAAAGAAUCAGACAAUGUAGAAAUGCCAAGGACUCUCUCUCAAAUGUACACACACUUCCUGGUCAUUCAAACAAGCAUUAAACAUGUCAAGUACACAGAGAGAAAAGAGACAGAUGAAGAUGUGAUUUUCAAACUGGGAAAAAUGGCUUUCCAUCAGCUGGAGAAAGCUGCAACACUUCAUGACUUACAUAAGACUGCAGUGGACCAGGCUUUACAGUGUGAGAAUGGACACUUGGACCUUUUCGUCCGCUUCCUUCUGGGCCUAUCACUGGAGUCCAAUCAGAAUCUCUUAAAGGACCUACUGCCACAGAACAGAAACCAAUUGUAUACAUGUAGCUCAGAGCAAACAGUCCAGCAUGUCAAACAGAAGAUCAGAGAUCAGAGUAGCUCAGACAGAAGGAUCAACCUGUUCUACUGUCUGAAUGAGCUGAAUCACCAUGCUGUAGUGGAGGAGAAAAGCAGCUCAGAUACUCUGCAUGUACACAUGCUCUUACCAGGAGAGUGGGCAACUAAGACAUUUGAGUUUAAGAUGUCAGAAGAGCAGCUGGCUGAGUUUGACCUGCAGAAGUACAUGAAGACACCAGAGGAAGAUCAGACUGAACUCCUCAGUCCAGAUGAAGUUCUUCAGAAGCUGCUGCCAGCAGUCACAACAUCCACAUCUGCUAAGCUGAGUAUCUGUGAUCUGACCGAUAAGAGCUGUUCCUAUCUGGCCUCUGCACUGAAGACAUCACACUCAUCAAAUCUCAGAGUGCUGCAACUGGGUGGCAAUAAGCUGCUGGACUCAGGAGUGGAACUUUUAUGUUCUGCUCUUUGUCAUCAAAACUGCAAACUGGAGAAACUAGUGCUGCAUAGCUGUAAUCUGACCAAUAAGAGCUGUUCCUAUCUGGCCUCUGCACUGAAGACAUCACACUCAUCAAAUGUCAGAGUGCUCGACUUGAGGGACAAUAAUCUGCUGGACUCAGGAGCUGGAUAG